AAUUUCUAAGCAAACGAUUGACUCAAGAGCGCGCCGAUUGACAAAGAGAACGAUUAAUCUGAGAGAGCCCUGGCCAAGAGGCAAACCCAUUAUCGAAACUAUUUCUACUCAGUUUCGCUUGGUUAUUUGUGGAGAGAGGUUGCUGCUUGUGCGCCGCAACGAAAUGUGUGCCAAACUAAAAGUUAUUGGAUUGUCAGAACUGGAGGAAUAUCAAAAGCUCUACACACAAAACUGGCCCAAAUACUGCCCGGAGUACUACUGUCUCGAUAAUUUUAUAGAAUUUCUGAAGGCGGAUCCACAAAUUAGGAACUUAAAACUAUUCACCUUGGCGGGAGAGCAGGCCAGCGCUGAUGCGCUCUUUGUUAUUGUGGAUCGCUACCAGCUUUUCGUGGGAAGUUUAAACAACGCAAAUGGACUGCUGCAGCAGGCGCUGGAACUACUGGAUUGGUCUGCUGGCUUCAAGUGCAGUUCCAUACCCUCGAGGCACAUCCAAGCGGUGGACAAUGUUGUGCAGUCCAAACAGUUGAAGUUGGAGUUUCGGGAUCCCACGAAUUUGUUCUACAUGAAGGCAGAGGAUGCCCUCAAGCUGAAGGUUGAUCCUCCAGCUGGUUUCAUUUUGAAAUCAUUGAGUGUGGCAGAUGCGCCGCUGAUCAAUGAAGAGUGGCCCAACCAUCACCUGGGUUCUCUCUACUUUAUCCAGCGACAAAUUCGAAUGUGCGUGAAUGCUGGUCUGUACACAGAGGAGUCCCAGGAAUUGGUUGCUUGGUGCAUUAGAUUACAGGGCGGCUACUUGGGCGCCCUGCAGGUGAAAAGUGGCCACGAGCGACGUGGCUUUGGUAGCCUCGUAACCAGGGAAAUUUCACAUCGCUUGGCCGCCCAAGGACACGAUGUGAUGGCCCUCGUAGGUCCGUCCAACAAGCCAUCUGCUGGUAUGUUCAGCACGCUGGGCUUCCGCAUCAUCGACCAAUGCCACUGGCUGAGAACGAGGCCCACAAGUGGAGAGUUCACAUGGCCCGAGGGCGAGUAGUUACACUUACAAGGAUUUAUAAUAAAAUAUUACACCUAUGUAUACAUGGAUAAUAAAAUAUUUAC